CUGCGGACAGCUCCACCUACCAUGCCUUCCGUUGCGUUUCUUUUUCUAGUUGUAGUAUCGUCCGUUCAGUCUGAUCAACUCGACGCCGGAAAAUCGUCUGGCUGUAACAGAAGCGGAUCACAUAGCAACGAGUCGUUUCACGUGACCAACUUCGACUUCCAACACGUAAAGACUCCCUUGGUCAUCUCUCUCUGCAUACUAAUCGCGUCACUAGCCAAACUCGGUUUCCACUUGUAUCCCCGCCUACCGCACCUCCUACCGGAGUCAUGUCUGCUCAUUGCACUCGGUCUUCUCAUCGGUGGCAUCGUCUACGCAGCGGCUGGAGACAGCAUUUUGCGAUUUACUCCAGAUCUAUUCUUUCUCUUUCUACUGCCGCCGAUUGUGUUCGAGUCGGGAUUCUUCCUGAGGAACGGGGACUUUUUUAGGAAUUUGGGGACGAUACUUCUGUUUGCUGUUGUUGGUACACUCUGGAAUACGUUUGCUCUGGGACUUUGUCUGUAUGCUGUGAGUUUGUUGGAAUGGGUUGACGUCGAGGUGCCGUUGACAAUGUCUGAGGCUUUUCUAUUUGCCAGCAUAGUGUCGGCUGUUGAUCCGGUUGCGGUGUUGGCGGUGUUUGAAGAGAUUCAUGUGAACGAGUUGCUUCAUAUUCUCGUCUUUGGAGAGUCGAUUCUUAACGAUGCGGUGACAGUCGUCCUGUACAGAAUGUUUGAAGCGUUUGCCGUUCAAGAAACUGUCACCAAUCGAGACAUUGGAAAAGCUGUCGGAUCUUUCUUCUAUGUUAGCAUUGGUGGAUUGGGCAUCGGUGUUGUGUUUGGUAUCUUGACAGCAUUGUUGACUCGCUUCACAGAUCAUGUUCGGGUCAUCGAGCCAAUAGCUGUCUUUCUGAUGGGAUACGUCGCCUACUUAUGUGCCGAGAUGUUUCACCUUUCUGGCAUUGUCUGCCUCAUAUUUGCUGCUAUAGUGAUGAAGCACUACGUCGAUGCCAAUGUGUCUCGCAAGAGCAGGACGACCAUUAAAUAUUCUAUGAAAAUGAUGAGCUCCGUGAGUGAGACAAUCAUCUUCAUCUUUCUUGGUGUGGAGGUAGUAAACGGUGAUCGUCACAAUUGGAACACAGGCUUUGUUGGAUUUACUAUUAUGCUUAUGCUUGUGUUUCGUUUUGUCAGUGUUUUUUGCUUAUCAUGGAUUGCAAAUCGUUUCCAACAGAAACGACUGAGAAAAGUUGAUCAGUUUAUUGCAGCUUAUGGUGGCAUCCGUGGUGCGGUGUCUUUCUCGCUUGUGCUUAUUGUUCUCAAUGAGAAUAAACUACCGGGUUGCACUGCCAGAAUGAUGUUCACUACUGUAGUGGCUGUCAUUUUCUUUACAUCGUUUGUCUUGGGAGCCACAAUUAAGCCUCUUGUCAAGGCCAUGCACGUCAAACUAAUUGACUCUCACAAAUUGUCUGUGAGUGAGCAGAUUGCUGAUCGAGUUGUUGAACACGCUGUGGCAGGUAUUGAGGAUAUCAUUGGCCAUCAUGGCUAUCAUUUCUUUUGGGAACUUUAUGAAUAUAUUGAUAUCAACUAUCUCCAAGUUUGGCUGGAACGGGAACCUACACCUCCAGAGCACGAGAUCAUUGAUGCAUUUAUACGUACACAGUACCAAGCACUGAACACCUCAGUUCAGUGUAUACAACAGCAGUUGUGCUGUGGACGUACAUAUGUAGGACAGCGACGAAAAGCUAAGAUGUCGUUGUCUGAGCCAACACUCGCUGUUACAGCUGCUUGUAGUGAUUCAGUUUUGCCGCUGUCUUCAGCUUCUCUAAUAAGAAGUGGUUCUAUUCUGAGGUCCUCUCUGCGUGUGCGUAAUCAGCCAAGCCCUCUUCAGACAAAGCGUCACACGUGGUGCGAGUCCAGCCCUGUAUCAUCUGAAGACAAUUUGAAGUCUCAGCAGCGUUGCACACUUCCACAUACGCUGAGCUGUCCUAGCAAUGUGUUUCAAACAGAAGCAGUGAAUCAUAGAAAGCUACACACCCUCCUCAAGUCUCAACAAAUACAUCCACAUAGACGUCAUGCUCGACACACAGUAUACGAAGCCGAGGACGACGACGAUGAGUUAGCUUUCGAGUUAAGACGAAACAAAGGUAUUCUAAACUUCAUUCAGAAGAACAGCAACACUCCAGCUUUGGCAAAUCUAAUCUACAAUGCCACUGGCCUAUUUGGAGCCAACGCUGUAAGCAAUUCGCUAUUUCAGUCGAAUCUGUGGAUGGGAGAGACAAACACUUCAGUUGGUGACCCUGAUGAACGUGAAACUUCUGUGUAGUUUUGCUACAUUGUUAUAGUAAGUAAAGAAAUGUUAUUGAUUUUAUUAAAUUAGGGAGCUGUUGCUGUAUGUAUGUAUGCAUACUGUAUGUAUAUAUUGUAUGUAUAUAUUACUUUAUACUAAA